UUUUUCGGUGGCAAAACAUCAACUCAUUAUUUAGUUUUGUCCAGUUCAUUGUACUUUUACUUUGUUGAAGAUUAAGUUGCCUCAAGAUGGCAUCUCCGUUGGAUGAAAUGACCAAGCUGUUAGCUGGCCUGUCGCUGGGUAGCAAUUGUAUGAAAACUCUUGAAUCGUUACGAAUUCUCUUGGCAUCUGUCUCUCUAAGCGAACUUAAGGACUAUACCCCGAAAAUCGACAUUGACAGAAUAUACAAAUGUCUUGCUACUUCAAAUAGGGAUCAAAUUGAUUUAACAUGUGAAAUUCUUAAGCGCAUUCUAGGCACCAUUCCUGUUGGGCAUGCCUUGAGUAAGUAUGAAGAUCUGUUCUUAGAAGGACUAGCUCAUUCAGAAAAUCGUGUAAAGGAAUUGAUAUUUCAAGAGCUACAAAUGGCAGCUGAUGAUGAGCAAGCCUGUGAACAACUUUCAACUAAGAUGGAACUUUUGCAAUCCUGUUUACAAGCAGUUGGGAGUGAUGAUUCAUCGAUUGCUGGUAAAGCCAGUAAAGUGUUUAUGUCUCUUGCACGCCAACGCAGUGCUGCAAGUGUGUUGGUGUCUCCUCCAAUCGUUGAAGAAAUGCGUAUUGUCAGCCGCAGAAAUGAUGUUGUCCGCUACAGAAUCUACGAUAUUCUAAUCACCUACUGUUGCGCGUCCCAAGAAAACUUGACAUUUUGCGAAGAGAAAGAGCUCAUCAGUUCCCUUCUGGCAGAAGUUUUAAUUGGAGACAUUCUUGUCCAGCUGAACGCAUUAGAACUUAUUACGACUCUAGCGUCUUGCCAACAUGGUCGGGACUAUCUCGAGCGACAAGGAAUCAUUCAGAAGCUCGCCGGUAAUUUGGACGAGGCUACAGCAGAUCCUCUUGCCUCACUGCUCGUUCCCGGGCUGAUGAAAUUUUUCGGUGCGCUGGCUCAUUUUCAACCGGAUGUAUUGGCCAGAUAUCCGAACUUUACAAAUACGAUGUUUAACUUGAUCGACGACUCCGACGUUUCAAUGAGGAUGAUUGCUAUUGAAACUCUUUCCUUUAUUGCUACUGAACGCGAUGGCAAGUUCGCUCUGAAUCAACAAGGUUCUAAACUCGAUAGUGCAAUCAAGACUAUUGGAGCAUUAUUCACCCAUGCUUACAAUGACGUCCGUCUGAAAGCACUUGAUUCCUUUGCGGAGUUGAUACACAUCCCUUCAACCGAAACGACUGACGAGGAAUUACAAAAAAUCGUCGAACGUUGGUUUCAUCAGCUUGAUUCCAAGCCAAUCCAGUUGGUUAUGAACGUUACGAAACAACCAUUCAAAGAUUUAAGGUUUUCUGCUCUGCGCAUACUUCUGCAACUUGUUCCUCAAAUUUGGGCUCAAAAGCUCAUGAGUCAACAGCCAGGUUUCUUGGAGUUUCUACUCGACAGACGGGCUGAGCCAGACAAAGACUGUCACGAGCUGAAAUUCAACGUCUUAAAAAAAUUAAGCGAGUCGAUCAAUCCAGAAGCUGCGAUAUGGAGCGAUUAUUGUAUGGCCCAGAUGCGUGAUCACGUACGAGAAGGAUGUUGGUUUGCGCGCGCCCAAUCCGCUGUUGCCUUUGAGAGCGGCCCAUAACUAUUGUAAUUCCAGGUUGAUUACAUUUUUCUUUAGGGGUUGGCAAGGAAAAUUUAUGGUACAGUCAGAUAUCCUAUGCGAUAAAUUAAACGUGUUUCUAGAAAUUUGU